AUGAUUAGUGCAAGCUCUUUUGUGACUCCGAUCGGGAACCGGCCGGCGCGAUAUCGAACCCCUUCCCCUCCGCGACGCGCUGUUGAACCCAUCUCUCCCUGCUCAACCACCGGCGUUCUUACCUCCCGGAACGAUCGCGAAAUAGUUCCGGGACCUACAAGCUCCGACCAUGCUCAUUUUCCACCAGGAGAUAAUAGGUUCUCACCGGCCGAUGCCCCUACGACGCAUCGGUCAGGUCAUGGUCGGUCCAGCUCAACUAUCGACACUCUCGCGACGAUCGCGCUAGCGACAAGUCCUACCUUUGCACCCCUCCCAAACCGUCCCCCAUCACAGACGUCGAACUCGAAUCUGUCCAUGUUUCCGCCUGAGCCUACAGAACCGAUUGAACGCCCAGCAAAACGACCGCGAUCGGAAAAAGAUCAAUCCUCAUAUACCCAACACCGAUCGAAUGCUACACCAUUUGCGAAUCCUCCCUCAAUUUCCGAUAGUAUGAAGACCGAUGCAGAGCUUUUGUUGAAUUUUGCACGACCCACGAAUCUCUACCCUCCGAUGGCUUCCUCAAAAUGUGUCAGCCCCGAUGAAUCCUACCAUAGCCAUACCCUCCACUCAUCAGGCCCAAUCAAAGAGAGCAAUAUGAGUACAUACUGGGUCUCAAACCACGACAGCAUGAUAUUCAAUCAUUCUGCAAUCUACAACAUUCCGCAAUCACGCAUGAGGUCCCAGUCAGAUGGCUCCGCCGCUAUAUCUCGUCCCGUGAUCCAAGGUCUCAGGCCGAACACAAGCUCUUCGAGCAUCCAACCCUUAGCUUGGCAAGACGACGGAAUUAACGGGGAGAAAGACUGGGAUUUUGGGAACAAGGAAUCCGCCGAGAGUCGUCAGACUACCUUUCAGAACCCAGACGAGACGACGAUACCCAUAUUCCACCAGAGCCGGUCACUGAAAAGGGAGUAUGACACAGAAUCCGAACAAUCUAACCAGGCUAGCUGUGCCACCUGCAACCUCGUCCGGAUACCUCUCGACAAUGAGGACCUUGGUGAUGUGACUUGGAUUAGCUGUGAUGGGUGCAAGCGCUGGUUCCAUAUCGUAUGCGCUGGGUUCAAGAAUGACCGUGAGAUCAGGACAGUCGAUAAAUUUAUAUGCAAAACUUGUCGCCCCAUCCACGGUCAGACCACCUUUGUUCGGAAGUCGUCUCGCGCUCGCACUUCAAUCGACUAUGCGGGUCUCAAUCAGGGCCUGGUAAAAGCCGCAACAGACUCGCUAGAGCAUCACUAUAUCGAACCUAUUAAGCAAAACAAGAUACGCUUUCUCCCGGAAAAAUUCCCGCGUAUGCGCGCCGAACUAGUUAGUGCUGAAUAUUUCGAGCGAGGGAAUGGGAUGACAGAACCGAUUGUCAUCCCCGCGGAAUUCAACACCUCGUCACAAUUUGCGAAUGGAUGCCCUGAAUUUGACGCACUUGUUCAAGAAGCAUCAACGCAAGAGAUGUUUGAUGAACUUUUAGACCACACACUGAGCGACAGUUGCGAGACUGUUAUUGACUGUGGCCAAGAUCAAUUAGACAUGGUAAUCCCACAAGGUCUAACAGUGAGGGCAGUCUCCGAGCUCUACGGUCCGGAGGAGAGAGUGGAGGUAAUUGACGUCAAAUCGCAACAUGGCGAAGAUAGGCGCUGGACUAUGCAGAAGUGGGCAGACUACUACGAAAGCCCCGGUUCAAAGGUUGUCCGAAACGUUAUCAGUCUCGAAAUCUCCCAAAGUAAAUUAGGCAGGCUGAUUCGCCGGCCGAAAGUCGUGCGCGAUCUCGAUCUUCAGGAUGCAGUCUGGCCUGAAGAGAUGAAGGCCGUUGGGAAUUAUCCUAAAGUGCAGUUCUAUUGCCUGAUGUCAGUUGCCGACUGUUAUACCGACUUUCACAUUGACUUUGGUGGCUCCUCCGUCUACUACCACAUUCUGAAAGGCAGGAAAACCUUUUUCUUCAUACCUCCCAAGGAUAAACAUCUGAAGAAGUAUGAGGAGUGGUGCAACUCACCUGCGCAAGACUACACCUUUUUGGGGGACCAAACCAAGGAAUGCUAUCGCGUUGAUCUCUUCGAAGGUGAUACUAUGCUCAUUCCCUCUGGCUGGAUACAUGCAGUUUGGACUCCCGAGAAUAGCCUGGUCAUUGGAGGAAACUUCCUAACCCGACUCAACUACGGAAUGCAAAUAAAAAUUGCGAAGAUUGAGAAGGAUACCAAGGUCCCUAUGAAAUUCAGAUACCCCUUCUUUCAGAAGAUACAGUGGUACACUGCCCUCAAAUAUCUUGAGGAAGAUCCGGUACCCCAAAGUGUGCUAGAUGCGUUUGCACAGGACGAGAACUAUCGCUUUCACCGGGAAUAUCCUAUCUACUACGAGUUCGAAGAGCGAACCAACACUGAGCCUAGUGGAUCACCCUACCACAACUCGCGGUUCUACUCACAAGCUGAAUUGGAGGGGCUUCCAGACCUUGCAAAAUAUCUUCUUAGGACUGCCUUGAUUGCAGGCUCUUAUCUCGUUGAGGGUGUUACUGCCGAUACCAGGAAUGCUGUUAAGAGAUCUAUACCUGCGAUGUCGGCUGAACCAAUCGACAUUAUUCGGACAUUUGGGUUAUGGAUUGCAUGGAAGCGGGGUAAUGAAAAGGCUGCGCAAUGGACUCGUCCUGGCGUUGUGGAAACCAAUGCCAAGCUCAGCCUCGUGGAAAAGAAACCCGCUGGGAGACCUAGUCGACGCUCGGAGCGUAACUUUGAAAAUCAGCGGACGUAUGCGGAGAGGCAGGCUGUGCAGCGUCUAUCGGAGCUACCUGUCGAUGGCACUCAAAGGGAGCCAGUCGUCGACGGUGAGAGCGUUAUGCCUUUAUCUAAUAUUGCGCCUCCCACGCUUACUAGCUCCGUUCCAGUGCCCAACCCCAAUGAAGAUUCCAUUCCGAAAAACAGAACUGCAUCGCGCGGCUCUGGCUUAGGUCCAAAGCGGGUCGCCUGUGAUGCAUGUCGCAAACGAAGGAUUCGAUGCCAUCACAAGGAAGAGAACAAUGGGGUGACAGGACCGCACAUUUCAAUUGGCGCUUCUAGCUUAGGACACCACACACCUACUGCGCAGGAUGCGGCAUCCGCGCUGAACUCGUUAGCUGCAAUUGCUUCCGGGGCUAGUAUUCCAAACGGUCAUAAUACUGUUAAAGCUAUGGAACGAAUUGAAGGCUCAGCGAAUUACACCACUAGCAUGGCAGCCGCACCACACAGGGCCACGGGAAGAGUCAGUGAUACCAGCCCGGAGGGCGCGAACUCAACAAAGAAAGGUCGCAGCAAAGCCUGUGACGACUGCCGAAAGAGUAAGCGCCGUUGCAUUCACGAUGAAUAUGGUAGAAUCGACCCUGUAAAGGCCCAGGAGCGAUCGAAGCCGCGGGCGACAAAUCUAGCGAAACGCCCACGGGUCAAUGAAGAUGUCGCCACAUCCAACGCAAGUAAACGGUUGAAGCAGGAAAGCACUUCACCAGUGGCUAAACCGGCCCAUUUGCACCACCGAGAAGCAGAAAACCAGAUGCGUAUGCAGUCGACUGUUGAAAACGGUCUACUUGAGCACUCCCGGCACAAAAAUAGCGAACAACAUGCGGAUCUGUUGCUCUCGGAGAAAGACGUCUUUGCUGAUCAAAACUCAUAUGCGUCGCCACCGGCGUUCCAGGCGGAUACUGUUGCUACCAAGGAGUUGACAACGGCUGUGUCUAAACCAGCCGCCACUUUGGUAUCACCACCGACCUCGUUGGCGGAUGAGAUGGAUAUACAUGACCAACCCGACGGCGAAGGGGAACAUGCAUCUGCCAUAUACACCCCUUCGUCGGGUUCCCGUCACUCUUCACGUCAACCCCGUCAGGUUGAAAGGUAUAUGCCCGAGGUUCACUUCGUCAAGACAGCCAAGCCUACCACAACAUAUCCGCAACCUGCGCGCCGCUCGUCCUUUGGUGGUGCUGGAGCGCAAAAGAUCACGCCAGGACUGUCUUCCGGGCAGAAGAAGUCUGCGUCUCGACCCUCCUCAUCUCAUGGCAAGAAAAGUCUGUCACCUUCGGUGGAGAAGAAAUCUGAGCGGCAUUCUCUAUCGUAUACAUCCCUCGGUCAGCACAGCAAGAUUCAUGAACCGGAGCAAGCAAAUCUACUCGAGGACGACCCUGACGCCGAAAGCCUGCGCCUAAUUCGUGAACUACAAGAACAAGAAUUCAGUUUAAGGAGGCGGGCAGGGCGGACAUAG